AGUUUGAUCAUAACACUCUCUGCGUGUGUGUUCAUUUAUUCACAUGAUCGUGCAUUCUUUGCUGAAGAAAACUGGCAACAACUGCGCACUCAAGGACAGACCACAUUACAUUAAUUCUGAAACCUCUAAGUGGAGCUUCAGUCAUCCUUCAGCCUUGAAUACAAGAUUAAAGAUAAACUUUAAAAUCUAACACAAUGGCUCUGCAUCAGCAACCACCAUUUUUCAACCCGAGUGUCCCGUUCAGUACUCCAAUCCAGGGAGGAUUGCAGGAUGGCAUGAGUAUUACUGUAUGUUGACGGGUUUGGCCAAAUGCAGACGCAUUGGAGGUGAACCUUCAGUAUGGGUCUGAUGUCAUACUGCAUUUUAACCCUCGCUAUGAAGGAGGAUCUGGGUUCGUCGUGCACUACACCAAUCAGAAAGGUGUCUGGGGCGAAGAAGAACAUGAGUACAAAACUCCCGUCCCAAGAGGCUAGGCGUUUGCUCUGCAGAUCCUCGUCACCCAGGAGUCAUACAAGGUUACUGACAACGGGAAACCCUUCUUUGAGUACAAGCACCGUAUGCCGUUCUCAUGUGUGGACCACAUCUAUGUGUUUGGAAAAGUUGAAUUGAAUUUAGUUGCCUUCCAGUAUCUUGCGCCCCAUUAUGCCGCACCUCCAGGAUCUUUUACAAUGCCGUACAAAAGCAUAAUCUAUGGUGGAGUACAGCCUGGCAAAGUCAUCAUCAUCCAAGGAGUCAUCAGCCCACAAGCAAAAAGGAUAUGUUUUAAACUACGGUACAUAACUGGAAUUGCGUUGGAAUACAGUCUUCGUUUUGAUGAGAAUGUGGUUGUAUGCAACACUUAUGAUGAUGGGACAUGGGGCAAGGAGGAACAAUGUGGAUGCAUGCCGUUUAAAAGAGGGCAACCACUGCAGGUCACCAUUUUCUGCACUCAUCAAAAUUUCGAGGUCUUUUCCAACGGUGAAAAAGUUCACACUUACAGCCAUCGCUACAGUAAUCUGGAGAACAUUGAUGUUUUAGACAUUCGUGGAGACGUGCAGCUGAGCUUUGUGCAGCCCUGACAAAGACUUCAUCCAGAUCUAUGAGAAAUACAUGUUCAAAACCUGCAUCAGUCUAUAUAAACCUGUAUGCCAAAGAUGAUUAUUCAAAUGCAAAGAUGUUUUGCUUGCCUGCAUAUUAAUAUGAGACCAGUGGGACUGUCCACAGCUGCAUAAAAACAAAAAAUGAAUAAACACUGUUCUGCAUGCA